AUGGACGGCAGCACCCCGAACGACGUCGAGGCGCCCGGGCCGGCGCGGGCCGCGGCGCCGGCGCGCUUCAGCCUUGGAUGGGUCGUGGCCCUGAACCUCGGGCUGGCCGGCGCCCAGAUCCUCGUGGGCACGUCCAUCCUCUCGCUGGCGCUCGUCUCGGACGGCUUCCACAACCUGAGCGACGCCGCGGCGGCCGUCGUCGCGCAGCUGGCCGAGGCCUUCGACCGCCGCGACUUCGACGCGCGGACGCUGCCCUUCGGCUACGCGCGCGCGUCGACCGUCGGCGCCCUCGUCAACGUCGCCGCGCUCGAGGCCGUCUGCCUGUCCAUCGCGCUGACGGCGCUGUGCCGGCUCCUCGAGCCCGCCGCGAUCGAGCGGCUCGGCGCGCUCUUCUGGGUCAGCCUGGCGGGCGUCGUCGUGAACGUGGCCUCGGCGGUGCUGAGCUGCUGGGGCGUCGUCGAACACCACCACGUCGGCUGCGCCUGCCACGACGUCGCCGUCGCGAGCCCGCUCCUCGGCGACGACAUGGGCGACGACGAGGAGGCGCCGCGCGUCGAGGCGCGGCGCUUCGUGCUCUGCGCCGGCGGCUGCUGCGUCGCCGGCGGGGCCUCGCCGCUCGCGCCGCCGGCCCUCUUCAGCCCGACGACGGGCGAGCCCGUGCUGGCGUGCGCGCCGUGCAAGCCCUGCGCGCCGGCGAAGGCCGCGCCGCCGCCGCCCGCGCCCGACGUCGUGCAACCGACGUGGUGGUGGCGGCGCCUCGACGUCGGCCGCCUCGCGCUGGUGACGCACCACGCCGGCGACGCGGCCAUGUGCCUCGUCGUGCUCGGCGAAGCGGUGCUGCUGCGCCACGGCCACGCGUUUUUAUCCGAUGGCGCCGUGGCCUGGCUCCGGUUGUACCUGGAUCCGCUCCUGAGCCUCGCGCUCAGCUGCGCGAUCGCGGCGGCGGCGUUUCCCGUCGGCAAGCGCGCGGCCUGGACGCUCCUCGAGGGCGCGCCGGCCGACGGCGACGGCCUCGAGGCCGCCGUGGCCAAGGCCCUCGCCGGGCGGGCGCGCGUGGCGUCCUGCGCGCUGAUCCACCUGCGCGACGCGCCGGGCCUCGAGCGGGCCGCGCUGGUCAAGCUCGAGGUCGACGACGGGGCCUACGGGGCGUCGCGCGCCGCCGUCGCCGCCCGCGCGCGGCGCGUCCUGGCCCGCUACGCCGUCUCCGACGAGAACGCGUUCGUCGAAAUAGCCGACGCCCUCGACGAGGGCGGCGGGCACCGCCGCGUCGUCGGGUAA